CACAACCACUUUUCGCGCUUCAGCAACACUUGCCCACGCGUAGCGCACCACAUUGACCCGCGCUCGAGAGCUGCGCAGGCAUCAGCGGCCACAACGGACUACUCGGUUUGAUCCGCACACCUUCUGUCUACACUAAACAUGAACAUGCAGGAAGCCCUCGCGCCCUUCCAGGACGCCUAUGCCACGGGUUCGGCACAGGCUGUCGCUGACUUCCUCAGCCCAGACCCUCCAUCGCGCGACCCGGGGCGUCUCUAUGACUUCUGGCGCGCAUCGAAUGAAGACAAGAUUGAAGGCGACGUACGCUAUGCCUUUAAGUACGGUAGGACCAGCGGGAUGUCGCCAGGCGAAGCCACCGCAUGGCUCGAUAUAGUCGUCUGCUACUGGCGCGCCGUGGACAAGAUACUCAAGGCAGACCAGGCUAAGAACCAAGGCAAGCUUUCAGACCGCCAACUGAUGGACGUGUAUGAUGCCUGGAAGGACAUAACCAGCAACUUCAUCAAGUACAUAUCGAACGGAACGCUACCCCAUUGGACUGUCUUUACCCUAUAUUUCACGGCAAACAAUCUGAGGAAGUUUGCGAUCAAAGCUGAUGAGCAGCUGGCGAAGGCGAAACCGGUGGCUUUCAGCGCUGGCUUCCAGGACGAUGUUGUAUCCGCUGUCAAGAAGAGCGAGAAGCUCGAGGAGGCGGCACGUGUCUUCAACAGGAUCUUCGCCCUGUGUCUGGGUGAUAGGACUCCGGACAUGAUGCAGUCCCGCAAGUGGGGUGUAUACUGCAUAGCCAACCUCCAGUUCAAGACGUACUUCAAGCUUAAAGCUAUCAGCCUGUCAAAGAACGUCGUUCGAUCUAUCGAAGCGCAAAAUGAUCUUCCGGCCUUCCACUUGUACCCGGCAUCGCAUCGAGUCACCUACAAGUACUACUUGGGCGUCAUCUCGUUCUUGCAGGAAGACUACACUAAGGCGGAGUCAUGCUUGACAGAAGCUUUGAACUUAUGCUACGCGAAGAGCGUGAAGAACAAGGAGCUGAUCCUGACCUACCUGAUUCCAUGUCGUCUUAUUACGCAGCAUACCGUGCCGACUGCCGAGCUGCUUAACGAAUUCCCGCACCUGAAGCGCCUCUUUGGUGGUCUUGUCAGCUCCAUCAGGAAGGGGGACCUCUCGGGAUUCGACAAGGCACUUGCUGAAGGCGAGCCCGAGUUCGUAAAGCGUCGCGUGUUCCUUACUCUCGAGCGCAGCCGCGACAUCGCGUUGCGUAAUCUGCUCAGAAAGGUGUUUCUGGCCGAGGGCUGGGAGGAUCUGAAGGAGGGACAAACGGAGAAGGACAGGAUCCGGAAAUCUAGAAUCCCUACGGCGCAUUUCGUGGCGGCGCUAAGAAUUGGUACGGCUGGAGCAGGCAGCGGCCAGGUGGUCGAGGACGACGAGGUCGAGUGUCUGAUGGCCAACAUGAUAUACAAGGGUCUCAUGAAGGGCUAUAUCUCGCGCGAACACGGCAUGGUAGUGUUGAACAAGAAGGGCGCGUUCCCCGGAACAGGGGUCUGAUGCCUAAACUGGUUCGCCUAUACUACCACCCUACUGCACCCCAAUUUUCUCCGGGCACCCACCGCGGUUUUUUACUGGCGGACAUGGCUAUGUACUGUCAGCGCGCUGCAUAGAAAGAUUGACUGCACGCCUGCAGUCAGUCACUUCGCAGAUCCUUCUGAGCACCGACGAAGGAACGCUGGACCAUAGCGACUAGACACAGAUUAUACCCAACAGAUCAUCAAGAGAAGCAAUCAUCCCUGCAUCCUAACUCUCACGCGACAUUUCUGUAGUCCUCGCCACCCCAAGGCGUCCUCAUUUGCGCUGCUCCGGCGUUCCAUCCCGCGUGCACGGACGCGCUUUCGCCCUAUCAUGUGAUAUCGCGUCAGCCAGACACCCAAC